GGGUGAUCCAUGCCUGAACUCUGAGAUAGGCUAUGGUGUGUUUGUGUGUGUGUAAUCUGCAACAGAUGACUGUCGGGGGGGAUGAGAGGAUCUGACGAAGGCAAAUGUUUCCUCGGUCGAAGCCACAGCCUCGGUCUGCUGCAUGGACAAUUAAAUACAAUGCAAUUGUGCUUUAACUGAGUGCAACCUAAAUGUCUUUCAUCAGAGGGCGUUGGAUCCGUAAUGGUUGUAUUACGUCUUCAUUUCCACCCAAGGAAGAAUUUGGCGAAACUUGACUGCAGCCAAGGAAUGCACUGAUUGGAUAAAAGUGUUGUUUGCGCUCCGGUGGAAUGGCAUAUUGGUUUUUCUGUAGCUUUCUUUUGUCCUGCGGCGGAGCGCUGAUAUUUCUCGCGCCUGUCUGCACCGUUUGUCCGGAGCCAUGCGACUGCCAGCACGCGCAGCAUAUCGUUUGCGCAAACCGGGGUCUGCGCGCGGUGCCCAAAGCGCCGCAGGUAGAGCGCGCGGGCGACGUUCGCGUUCUCGGCCUCGCGGGAAACUUCAUUCACAAUCUCAGCGCGUUUGACUUCGUGCGCUACAGCAACCUUAUGAGGCUCAAUCUCCAGUUCAACCAAAUAAGGAAUAUGCACCCGAAAGCCUUCGAAAAACUUUCCAAGCUGGAGGAACUAUAUCUGGGGAACAACUUGAUCUCGACAAUACAUUCUGGAACUUUACAGUCAUUGAAAAAACUAACAAUCUUAUACAGUAAUAAUAAUGAAAUCAAAGAUGUUUUUCCUGAAUCUUUUAGUCAUUUAAAUAGUCUUGUCAAACUAAGACUUGACGGAAAUGCUAUAGAAGUCUUAAAAGAGUCUGUCUUUAAAGGUAUGACAAAUUUAAUGUUUCUGCACUUGGAAUCGAACCAGCUUCACCAUAUUGACAGAAAUGCAUUCACACGACUGAAUAAACUGCAGUUUUUAAAUUUGUCAAACAAUAAACAAACUGAGCUGCAUGAUAUUUUCAUGUUUUCCCAUCUGAAGUCACUGGUGACUCUUCUGCUCGCAGACAACGAACUAAGAUACGUUGGAAAUCACGUCUUUCAGAACUUAAAAAGGCUCACCAAGCUAUCACUAAGCCGUAACAAGAUAUCAAAGAUAGACAACGAGGCGUUCAAAGGGCUCUCGAGGGUCAAAGAGUUCACGAUUGACAGAAAUGAGCUGACAGAGAUACCUGUUGGCCUACUGGAUCCACUCGAGCGCAUUGAACACCUCGACUUGAGCGACAAUCUCAUAACCCGAGUGGACCCCGGGGCUUUGAACCUCUUAUCACAUUUGAAAACCUUAAAAUUGAAAAACAACCGUCUCACGAAUCUCUCCGGUGGUAUUUUUGCCACCAACGGGGUUCUGUUUCAUGUGGACCUUAAUGGGAAUAAUUGGACGUGCGACUGCCAGAUGGAAAAACUCAAGAGUUGGAUGACGGAAGCACAUUCUCAGGGAAAGCUGUUGAGCGUGUUUGUGCGGUGCCAUGACCCCCCUGUUUUGGCGGGAAAGUAUUUGGACUACGUUAAUAAUUCUCAGCUGGGUAAUCUGAGUGGUUUUUGCGAGUCUGAACAUCUGUCCCCACAGCCUAUGGAGAGCCGUGGAUCAGUGGUUAAAUCAUCGAUGCUCAAGGAGAAGAGAGAGGGGGAGAAGAAAACAGUGAUACAGGGUGAUGAAGGGCGGCAGGGGCCUGCGACGACCGUGGAGAGAAAAAAGAGGAGGAAAUCAACCAACACAAGGACUCGAAUCCCAAAUGGGGAGUUUGGGAAUCUUAUGAAAACGGAGAAUAGCUCAUCGUUGGUAAAUAACACGGAUUUAUUUACUACCGAGCCCACUUUUGUGACAGGCCAUAGUGUGCACAACCACAGCAACAAACAAGAGGUAGUGACACACUUUCCCUUCGCUUCGGCACCACAGGAACAGUUCAAUCUCCCCUUACAAGACAAAGCAAAGCAUCAUGACUUAAAAACAGCAGCGAUCACAGAUGCCUGUCAGUUUAACCGUUACUCUAUCCUGAACGUCAGCGUAAAAGAUGUCACCUCCGAUACAGCCACAGUGCGCUGGAGCACAGUUCCUGACACAAGUCUAGUUAACAGGAAAGAACUUACGUUCCGUGUUUUAUUCGACCGCUUCGGGCACACUUUUCGUUUCCCACGCUACGUAUACACAGACGGAUCUGACAGGGCAGUGACCCUCCAGGAGCUAUGCCCAGACUCCACCUACAUCACCUGUGUGGAGAGCGUAGUGGGCGGGGCUUUGUGCCAGGUUGCUCCCAGAGAUCAUUGCACUGGAUUUGUAACACUUUCACCCUCGGUGACAAGUGAGGUCAAUAUACAGCUCAUCACAGUCAUAGCUCUGGCAGUCAAUGCCCUGCUACUCCUUCUGGUGGGCGGAGUCUGGCUGGGGCGUGUUCUGAAGAGGAGGAUCAAAAGGAGGAAAUCAUCUGCACAUGCUCAUGUGCGUCACAUGUACUCUACCAGACAUCCGUUUCGUUCUACUGUGGCCACUACCUGUGUGUCUUCUGAAUUCAGCGGUUACCAGAGUGGCAGGCAGUUGGCUGAAGAAGGAGAUCUCAUCCAGUUCCCUGGUGAACGUUUUUUUGACAACAACCCUGCACGAAGAGAUGAUGAUGUCAUAAUGCUCAGAUACUCAGACUAGAUAAAGUGGACUUGUGUGUGCACAUACAGUUUUUGGUCAAAUCAUUUUGACACUAUGAGUGACCGCAAUAUUAUAAUCAUUAAAAUGUGGUUCUGAAAGUCAAACAGAGGAAAGUGAUCUCUCUUUUUCUCUUAUUGUGUGUGAAAUCUCCAGAUCAUAAGAUUUUGUUUGCUUGCUUGCUUUAUAUAUUUCUUCUGUAAGGCUGACAAAAAUCCUUGACUUUGGAAUGAAUGUAUUUAUGUCUUUGUUAAGAAUAUAAUAAUUAUUUUACUCUGUGCAGGUAUACUGAAAUAUCAGGCAUGUAUGAUGGGUUCAAGCACAAAAAAACACAUUAUCAAAUUUCAGUAAACUAGUUAACGUCUAUAAUUUUUUUUACCUGCAAAGUGAAUACUAACGAUAUUUUGUAUGUAAUGGUUUACAUGUGUUUUUAUUUUCUAAUGAUGCAGUUAAAACCUGAACUCAACCUAUCCUUGUACGAAAACGCCAUUUUUACAUCUUACCAGAAGAGGGCGCAAUAAACCACGUUUUCA